UGUCCGUUAACGGGGCGAUAAGAUGUGACGCCUGAAACAUGCAGAGGAGCUUAAGGUCGGUAGGAGGCGCUGUGUGUCUGCCGAGGAGCCGCUGAGCCAGCAGGGAGUCCGGAGGAGGAGGAGGAACCGGACACCGACUCUCGGAGCGGCUCCUGUCCGGUCAGAGCGCAUCGGAGUCCGGCGGCGGCAGCACGGAGACGAGCAGAGAGAGAGAAACAAACCGAGGACCAACAGCUGAGGAGCGGCUCCGGUCCGGGACUUUAACCGGGGUUUAGUUUUACCCGCUUCUUCUCUUCUCCUCCCGCCGCUCCGCUGCUCUUUGUGGAGACAUAACGGGAGUUUUCCCCGUUAAAGUGUCGGACGUUUCUACACAGGAAGCCUGACAACCGGCAGCAUGAAGAAGAACAACUCCGGUAAAUGGGGGGCGCAGGACUCGUCGCCGCACGUUCAGCCCGAUAAGGUCGGCUGGAUCCGGAAGUUCUGCGGUAAAGGGAUCUUCAGAGAGAUCUGGAAGAACCGCUUCGUGGUUCUGAGGGGAGAUCAGCUGUUCGUCUGUGAGAAAGAGGUGAAGGAGUUGGGUCGAGCUGACGAGGUGUUGGACCUGUCUGACUAUGAGCGCUGUGAGGAGAUCAGGAAGAACAAGAGUCGGAGCAAGAAGAACCACAGCAAAUUCAGACUGCAGCGCUGCAGCUCACCUGGAAACACGGUUCCUAACCUGGUCUUACUGGCCGUCAGUCCGGAGGAGAAAGAGUCCUGGAUCAACGUCCUGAACGCUGCCAUCACACGAGCCAAAAACAGAAUCCUGGAUGAGGUGACAGUAGAAGACUCUCAGCUGUCUCAUCUGACUCGAGAUCGAGUGAAGAUUCCUCACAACCGACGGCUGCCCACCAGAGGUCACCUGCUGGCUGUGGCCUCCUCCUCCUCAGACGGGAUGCUGACUCUGGAUCUGAUCCAGGAGGAGGACGCUCCGUCUCCCCUGGGAGCCAACGGCUGCGACAGGUUCAGGGUCGACUCGGACAAAACGCCGUCCCACCUCAGUCCGGACUGUCCCAGGUCCAAAACCGACGGCACUCUCUCCGCCAGAACCGCCGAGGCUUCUGGGAAAUCCCAGAGCCUUCCCCGGGAGGUGGCAGUGGUCUGGGAGCAGACGGGCCAGACCCCCCAGCCGGGAAAACGCCUGACGCCGGCGGAGAAAAACCGCUGUGCCUCCAUGGACGAGAUCCUGACGCACUCGGAGACUAAAGUCGCUAAGAACAAAACGGUGGCGCUGAGUGGAACCACGGCGCCCAUCAGCCAGCUGCAGGAGCUGAUCAGCCAGAAACUGGAGAAGACGGAGCGGCUGCUGACAGAGGCGCGGGGGGAGGCCGGGGAACGGGGGAGGAUGAAGGGGAAGGAGUCGACUCAAGCUGAGAGACUCCUGAGGGAGGCGGCGGCAACGUGGAGUCAGGCUCAGGAGGUGCUGGAGGAGGUGAAGGAGCUGAGGGCGUUAUACCGACAACUGGACUCCCCC